AACUGCAGGAAAUUAAGCAGCUUAUAACAAACUUAGUCACAUCCCCUCUUUCACUAAAGACAACUUGAAAACAGUAGGUCCUUUCUAAACAUUGACUUACUUUUCAGUUAGCGAAUAACUUGUGCGAUACUGACAAGAGCCUAAUUCCCCGUAAAGAUGUUCCGCCUGAGUUGUAUUUUAAGUGUGAUGAUUUCCUUGUCGUCCUACGUGGACUGUAACCCUGGGCCGGUGGAAGACAUUGUCGUGGAUCGAUAUUCAGUUCCCAAACGCUGCAUAAGAGAAGUGAAAAACGGUGACUUUGUUCGAUAUCACUACAACGGUACUUUUACUAAUGGAACGCAGUUUGACUCUAGCUAUGACAGGGGGAUUGCAUUUUUUGGAAUAGUCGGACAGGGCCGCCAGAUUGCAGGCGUGGACAGAGGCAUUAUGGGUAUGUGCAUUAAUGAGCGCAGGAUGAUUACUGUACCCCCCCACAUGGCCUACGGCAGUCAGGGAGCAGCUGAAACCAUUCCUCCUGACACAACAUUAGUGUUUGACCUGCUUCUAUUGGAUGUCUUUAACCGUGCGGACCAAGUGCAGACACAGGUGAUCAACACACCUGAGAACUGCACACGCUCUGUCCUGCGGACAGAUUUCGUGCGCUUCCACUUUAACGGGAGCCUCCUGGACGGCACCAAGUUCGACUCCAGCUACGAUCGUGCUCAGACUCAGGACACACUGGUCGGAGAGGGCUGGCUCGUCAGCGGCCUGGAACAAGGGUUGCUGGGUAUGUGCGUGGGUGAGAUCCGAAGCUUCAUCAUCCCACCUUUCCUGGCCUUCGGAGAGAAAGGAUAUGGUAAGGUUAUCCCUCCUCAUGCUACAUUACUCUAUGAUAUUCUGCUCGUGGACCUCCACAACCCAAAAGAUGACAUCACAGUGGAAAUUCAGGAAGUGCCAAAACACUGCACACGGAAGUCUGUCAUUGGAGAUUAUAUCCGCUACCAUUACAACGGCACCUUCCUCAAUGGGGUCACCUUUGAUACUAGCUAUCAACGUAACAGUACAUACAACACAUACAUUGGCCUGGGCUAUGUGAUCUCUGGGAUGGACCAGGGCCUUCAAGGAGUGUGUGUGGGGGAGAGGAGGAAGAUCACCAUCCCACCACACCUAGCAUACGGACAGCAUGGAGCAGGUAAAGAUAUCCCUGGGUCUGCUGUGCUAGUGUUCCACAUCCAUGUGAUUGACUUCCACAACCCAAAGGACACUGUGCAGGUUGAGGUCACAUUCAAACCCGAGCACUGUAAUGAAACCAGCGAGCUUAACGAUGUCAUUGUGUACCGGUACAACUGCUCUCUCCUGGAUGGCGCUGUGCUCUUCACAUCGGCUGACUAUGAGGCUCCCCAGAGCGUGGUGCUGGGGGCAGAUAAGGUGAUUGAUGGGUUGGACGAGGCCCUGGCGGGUAUGUGCGUGGGCGAGAGGAGGACCGCCAUAGUUCCACCCCACCUGGGCCAUGGAGAGAGAGGAGCGGGUGACGUCCCUGGCAGCGCUGUGCUUCGGUUCGAACUGGAAAUUAUAUCCAUACAGAAGGGUGUUCCUGAGGGUUACCUAUUUGUUUGGCUGGACGAGAGUCCAGCAGAGCUCUUCCAGGCUCUGGACAUGAACCAGGACAGCGAGGUCCUCCUUGAGGAGUUCUCAGACUUCAUCAAGCAGCAGGUGGCAGAAGGAAGAGGACGACUGAAGCCAGCCCAGGAUCCUGAGCUCGUCAUUGGUAACAUGUUCAAGAACCAGGACAGGAACAGUGAUGGCCGCAUUACUGCAGACGAGCUAAAACUCAAAGUGGAGGAAGACACAGAGAAAGAAAAGGCUCGGCACGAAGAACUGUGAGGGUCUCCCAUGUACAAGAAGACUCUCAGAGAAUUAAAGAGUCAUAUAUGCAUUCAGCUACACACAAAGUGACUCAAGAUUGUGAGGCUGAUUGACUGAAAUAGUUUUUAAAAAAUAAUUUAAAUCAGUCAGAUAGAAGUGCUGUCAGUGGCAAACACAACUCAGGAUUUUUUGGCUAAGAAAAACCAAAGUCAAAACAAAGUGUAUUUGCACUGUAUUUUUUAUUAUUGUUGUUUUGUUUGAAACAAGAAAACAUGUUAUUUUGCAUGCCAUAUAUGAAAGGGGGACCUGGCAUUACUUUUUUGUAGUUUUGGAAAUUUUCCUGCAAAGUUUGCUGUUUAAACCAGUAAAAAAAAAAAAUUUAAAUGCAUGUGUAUAGCACAAAGUAAGUUUACUUUGGUAUCUCUUGGUAUAAUCUGCAAUCCAUUGAAUAAAUUAUUUCUCUGCUGUUUCA